UCUUCUUUUUCUUCUCUCUCCCUCUCUCUCUCGCUUAAUCUGCUCUCCUCUCGAUUCUAACGGAGAAACAUAGAGAAGAGAAAGAAGAUCUGUAACAGUUGAUGCUGUUCUUCACAGGUGUAGAAUUCACUGCAUUUUGUUGUUGAACAAGGAGAUGGAAUUGUCGGACGAUGAGGCUGAGGCGGUGCUGCUCUCGGUUUCGAAUUACCACUUCGUCGACGGCAGAGAUGAGCCGGUCUCCUUCCACCUGUUGCCGGUUCAGUGGAUUGACGGCGGUGAGAGGCAGGAAGGGAAGAGGGGAGACAUGUUUCUGCACGGUAGUGCUGACAAUGGCCUCGAGAAGAUUUACAAGCCUGUGGUUGCUUGGAGAUUUGACCUUUCCAAUGUGAAGCCAGAGAUUGCGGUGCUUUCGAAGGAAGGGGACUGGAUUUUGCUGCAGAAGCCGAGGAAGAGCUACCAGGGGAUUAUCAGGAGUGUUUUGAUUACUGUGCAGUGUCUUAGUUAUUCAAAACGGAAUGCCGAGGCGGCCGGGAAAGCUGUGUGGGAUCAUUUGAGUAAAGCUUUCAGCAUGUAUGAGGACAGGCCUUCCAGGAGUGAUUUGGUGGAUCACAUGGCUCUGAUUAAGGAAGCUCUUAAACAAGAUGCUGCCUUGGCAAAGUCGAAGUUUAUGGUUGACUUUCUGAAAGAGAAGUCCAGAAUAUCUGAUGAGGAUAUUCAAGCUACGACAAAGCCAGGAUUUAUAGUUGAUGAUGCAGAAGGAUAUAUGAUUGGCGUUGAAGAUGAAUCUGAUGAUGAUGAUGAUGAUAACCUGUUUGAUUCUGUUUGUGCCUUUUGUGAUAAUGGGGGAGACCUUUUGUGUUGUGAAGGGAGAUGCCUAAGGUCCUUCCAUGCCACAGUAGAGGCAGGCGAGGAUUCAAUUUGUGAAUCUCUAGGAUUCACUCCGGAGGAAGUAAAUGCAAUGCCAAGUUUCUUGUGCAAGAACUGUCAAUAUAAGCAGCAUCAGUGCUUUGCUUGUGGAAAGUUAGGCUCCUCCAAUAAGUCUUUGGGUGCAGAGGUCUUCCCCUGUGUUUCUGCAACUUGUGGUCAAUUUUACCAUCCUCACUGUGUUGCACAACUGAUUUAUCAAGACAGUGGAGUUUCUGUUGAAGAACUCAAGAAAAGUAUCUCUCUAGGGGAAUCUUUUACGUGUCCUAUUCAUAAGUGCUUUGUUUGUAAGCAAGGGGAGAAUAAGAAGGACGACGAAAUGCAAUUUUCUGUGUGCAGGCGUUGUCCUAAAUCCUAUCACAGAAAAUGCUUGCCGAGGGAGAUUCGUUUUGAGAAAGCAGAGGAAGAUGCGGGGGAAGAAGAAGAUGAAGAAAAGGAAACAAGAGCUUGGGAAAAUUUAUUACCUAAUCGCAUACUAAUAUAUUGCUUAGAACAUGAAAUAGAUGAAGAACUUAAAACUCCAAGUAGGGACCAUGUUAGAUUCCCUGAUGUUGAUGGAAAGAAGACUACUUUUGAAUCAAAAAAGAGAAGAAUGACAUCAGAGUCGCUUGUGGUUAGAGACAAUUCUCUGUUGAAAAAAAGAAAGCUUACAACAGAGGAAUUGCAGAGAGGAAGAACUACUUCUACCCUAUCUAAGCAGAAAAUGAUUUCUGAUGGGGGUAACAGAACGACUGGGAAAGGACCUUCUGGUUUAGAUGUAUCAAGAAAGGUGAUGGUAAAUAAGACAUCAAAAAAGGAGGUUCUGACGAGGGUGGAAAAGAACAACUCAUUGGGUGAUAGGCUGUAUGAAUUUUACAAGGGACCUGGGUCAGUAAAGUCUGGGAAGCGGGAAGAACAUGAUGUUGAACUACAUUCAGGAAAGAUUGCAGAAUUUGAUCCUACAACAAAAGCAUCAAGUGCGGCAGCUUCCUUAGAUCCUGCUAGAGAAAGGAGAUUACGUGCUUUAAUGAAACAAGCUGCAUCGUCAAUAACAUUGGAAGAUGUUAUAAAAAAGCACAAAGUUCCAUCCACUUGUAAAUCCUCAAAUAAGCAUGCUGUAGAAAGGAACAUUACACAGGGAAAGGUGGAAGGCUCAGUCGAGGCUGUUCGAACUGCAUUAAAGAAACUACAGGAAGGUUGCAGUAUUGAAGAUGCACAAGCUGUGUGUGCUCCGGAGAUUAUUUCCCAAAUUUAUAAGUGGAAGAACAAGCUUACAGUAUACCUUGCACCUUUCUUGCAUGGAAUGCGGUAUACGUCUUUCGGUCGCCAUUUCACAAAGGUGGAAAAACUGGAAAAGAUUGUUGAUAGGCUCCAUUUGUACGCACAGAAUGGAGAUACGAUAGUAGACUUCUGUUGUGGCUCCAAUGAUUUCAGCAUUAUAAUGAAGAAAAAACUUGAGGAGACAGGGAAGAAGUGCUAUUUUAAAAAUUUUGACAUCAUUCAACCCAAGAAUGAUUUCUGUUUUGAGAAGAGAGAUUGGAUGACUGUGCAAAAACAUGAAUUGCCCCAUCGUAAUAAAUUGAUCAUGGGGUUAAAUCCUCCUUUUGGAGUUAACGCCGCUUUGGCAAACCAGUUUAUUGCUAAGGCUCUUGAAUUCAAUCCGAAGCUCAUUAUUCUUAUUGUUCCACCAGAAACGAAAAGGUUACCUUAUGAUCUGAUAUGGGAGGAUGACCAGCUUCUGUCAGGAAAGUCCUUUUAUCUUCCUGGAUCUGUUGAUGAGAAUGACAAGCAAAUGGACCAGUGGAAUGCGACGGCACCUCCACUCUAUCUUUGGAGUCAUCCUGAUUGGUCUGAGACGCACAGAGCUAUUGCUCGAAAGGCUAGUCAUGGUUCUGUGUCACAAGGGCCAGUGGAGGAUGGUCAUUCAGUUGAGAAUAAGGAUGAAAAUGUUGACAAUCUCAUGGUGAUAAAUGCUCAUCUGCCACUGAUUGGUAAUUCUAGUGAUUUUGUUGGUGGGGCAGUUUCAGGCGAGGGACAUAAAGAGACGCCCUCCAAGGGUAAUGAUGACAGAGGUUUCCAUGUGAGUUCUGGUCACCUGAAGAACCAGGUUAAUCUUAGAAAACAGCGGGGUGGCAAAAGAAAGAAAAGGAGAACAGUUGUCCGAGACAACAAACAUGAUGGCGGUUUUUCUAGUGAGAUUCAGAAGAAAAGGUCUCCAUCUAAUGAGCAGCAGCGGAAGGCAUAUCAGCCUUCCGGACCCGGCAAUUCUGGUUCUAGUUUGCGUUUAGGAAUUGCUUAUGACAGGACCGCAGCCAACAUUCCUGAUGACACAUGUAGCAAUGUCAAGAGCCAUGAGGAGCCUUAUUUAAGUUUGACUCAUGGAUGGUCCCAUGGUGCUCGUCCUAGCUCUAUCUAUACGGAUGGAAAUUUAGGGGAGCCUGCGUUGGGGUAUGGGAGAGAGAUGUCAAAUACCCUUAAUUAUAGACCGUAUUCCUUGGGGAUGGAAGACACAUUUUUUAGGAGGGAGUCUGACAUACAUGCACAGCUUCACACUUAUGGGCAGCAAGAUUCUAAUAUCUAUACAGCGGGUAGUAAUUAUACAGCGGGUCAUGAAUUAUUUCAUGGUACAGUUGGAUCAGUUCCGGCUACAUAUGGCCAUGCUCAUCUGGGUUCUUCAUUUGACGCAUCUUACAGAAUGAACAUGUCCGUCAUGCAGCGAUAUGAAGCUCGGUUGGACGAAUCGAACCAUACAAGGCCGAGUGCCUUAGGAACCCAACCAGUGUUUAAUUAUGAACAUGAUCCACGCAGGUACAGUAGCAACAUGUAUGAUCCUAGGGCACCAGUACCUAAUGUCCAACAAGGCCCCCUUGAAUUUGCUCAUGGUUAUCACCAAAGCUUCUCAAACCAGAAUUCAGCAGGUUGGAUUGAAUGAGUGAAUUGCAGGGUUUCUUCCGCCAGAUGUGGGUAUUAGAAAAUGAUUUAGAUGUAACACAUCCCUCAACAAUGUGUAGCCUGCAUACAAACUAGGGUAUUUUGCUGUGUUUAACACUCGCUGCAUGACUUGCCUUGGGGUAAAAAUUGUGUGAUUACCUGUA